UAUGUACAUAUAGGUGUGGUGAUGAGCGCGAGGAUGCAAGAGAGCACAAACGAUAUAUUGAAGCCUAUAACAUGCAAUACCAAUGAAGACUGUGCUAAAUAUUGCAAAGGUCCAAUCCACAACUGCAUAUUUCAUACUUGUCAAUGCGUACCAGGAAAUCCUAAUUGUUGCUAGA